GUUAGGCUGUCUCUUGUAUUGUAAAUCAUGCCUAACCGUCCUACUUCCAUCGAUACUACACAAUGAGGUUACAUUGUCACAUUAAUUUUGGCCGUCUCCAGCCUGUCAGAUUCCCAGCCUCUGAAAGUACUGCAUAUGUGGCUGAGCCAUAUUCUAAGCUAUUAGCGAGUGAAUCACCAGCUGAUCUCUCAUUUCCACUUAUAAUUCUCUAUAUUUCCAUCGCUGUCCAAGGUAAAUCUUUAUUAAGGGCGCAAUCCCAGAGUCGUUGGGGUACAGAGCGCUCGUGCGGACUUGUUACUACGUAAAGCUAUACACGAUGACUCCUACAUUGAAAAUCCUAUCGCUUGAUGGAGGCGGAAUUCGUGGUAUAUCGAGCAUCCUAAUCCUCCAAGAAGUUAUGGAAAAUAUUCGCCGAAUACAAGGACUACAAGAGACGCCUCGACCUUGCGAAUACUUCGACUUUAUUGGAGGGACGAGUACAGGGGGAAUUCUCGCCAUAAUGCUCGGGCGACUUGGCAUGACAAUUGAAGACUGCAUCAUCGCAUACAAACGUCUCGCAAAGAGGGCCUUUACACCGAAGCGGCGCCUAAUUCACUUCCCACUGACUCCAACCGGGGCCUACUCUGCAAAAGCGCUCGAGGAGGCUACCAAGGAGGUUGUGAAGGCACAAUGCAAAGACAGGGCAUGUUCUAGUUGGGAUACUUGCUCUCACGAGAAUGCUCUCUUUCGAAAUGACGCUUGUGUAAAAACCGCUGUAUUAGCGGUGACCAAAGAGAAUGUCGACGCGAGACCUACCCUCUUUAGGACGUACGAUGAGACGAGCGGAUUUCGCAAUUGCGCGAUCUGGGAGGUAGCGCGCGCCACCUCGGCAGCCUCGACUUUUUUCAAAUCUAUCAGAUGCGGGCGCGACGACAUAGAAUUUAUCGAUGCCGGUUUCGGAUAUAAUAACCCGUGCGAGGUUCUCAUAGAGGAAGCUCAGAAGAAAUUCCCAGAAGCCCGCCAGAUGUGUAUUCUUAGUAUCGGUACAGGGCUCGGCGCCGUCGCUACCAUUCAAGACUCGGGGAUAUCGAUAUUAAGGGCUUUGAAGUCUAUCUCGGUCACGUCGAAGAAGGUAGCUGAUAGACUAGACGAGAAAUAUGGAAGUACGGGAAAGUACUAUCGCUUUAAUGUCGAUCGAGGUCUCGAGGACGUUACGCUUGCGGACUGGGAUAAAGUUAGCAAGAUCUCGGCGCACACACACAACUACUUGCUAGAAAAGCAGAGGGAUAUUAUUCGAUGCGCCGAGGCUUUCUCUUCUGCCGAGCGCGUAACAAGUAGUGCUGGUAGCUCACAAGGAGACCCUCCUCUUGGGCCCCCUAUUUUUGACGAGCCAGGUAGGACCAGCGAAGAAGCACUUGAUGACGGACGACUGUCGAUACUUCGGAAUAUCGCCCGGGAUAAUUCUGAGCAGCGCAAUGCUAUAAUUCGCCAUAAUUUUGGGACUAGGGCACAGAUAUCUCAUAACACUUCUAGUGGUGGGAGUAAACAGUGGAAUUCAAUUAGGGGCUGAACAAAGAUUUCGACGAGCCAAAAAGAGGUAGAUACAUAAAUGAAGUAAGCAAUU